AUGGCGAUCGUCGUCGAACUCGGCGACGCAAUCAGCCCACAGAUAAACCGCAAGGUGCGCAGCCUCACCGACGCCCUGGAACAAGGUGGCAUCCCGGGCGUAUUCGAUUUUCUGCCGACCUACCGCUCCGUCCUCGUGUACUACGACCCGCUCCAGAUUUCAUCGUCAGAUGUGCAGGAAGGCAUCGAGCGCCUCCUUGAAAUUACCGAGGAAGCAGACACUGGCGAGCGUCACAUCGUGCAUCUACCCACACUGUACGGCGGCGAAAUGGGCGCCGACAUCGAAUUCGUGGCGCAGCACACCGGCAUCAACGAGCAGGAACUUAUCAGAAUCCACUCCGGCACCGACUACCUCGUCUAUAUGAUGGGCUUCAGCCCCGGCUUCGCCUACCUCGGCGGUCUCGACGAGCGCCUCGCAACACCUCGCCUUCAGUCGCCCCGCACCGAGAUUCCCGCGGGCGCUGUGGGCAUAGCCGAGACCCAGACCGGCGUUUACCCGAUGGCAAGCCCCGGCGGCUGGCAGCUCAUAGGCAGGACCCCGCUCAAGCUGUUCGACCCAACGCGCGAGCGUCCCGUCUUGCUCAGCGCUGGCGAUUAUGUGCGCUUCGUGCCUCUCGCCUCGCGGGACGAAUAUGACGCAAUCCUGCAGCAGGUUGAGUCCGGAGAAUAUCAGGCGACUGAAGAAUACUUGAAAUGA